AUGAAUUCAAAUUAUUCUAAUUUUAAUACAUUACCUAUUUAUAAAUUAUAUUUUGAUGAUAUUGAAGAAUUAUUUCUUCAUAAAAUAUCAUUUAAAUAUCUAUUUAUUUCAUCAUUAAUAAUAUGUUUCUUUAUAUUAGCUAGUAUUAUUAUAUUAUUAUAUAGAUCAAAAACAAUAUUUCUUGCAUGCCUUAUACCAUUUAUAUAUUCUUUAUUAUUCUAUGAUUUUAUUCAAUUAUUAUCAAUAAUUUUACUUAAAUAUAAUUUAAUAAAUAUUAAUGAAAAAUAUUUUGGUGAAAUAUGUCGUUGGCCUUAUUAUUUAAAAGCUGCAUCCGAAGCAGGACAAUGUUUAACAUUAGUACUUAUAUGUGCGAUACGAAGUCAAAAAAUUCGACAUUUUUUAAAACAUAAUUAUUUACCAAAUACUGGUCAUAUUCAUGCUCGUGCAUUAACAUUUGUUUGUUUAUUAUUUAUAAUUUAUGUUAAUAAUUGGAUAACACAUUUAAAAGUUGAAAAAAUUCAUGUAGUUACAUUGAAUGAAUCAAAUUAUGGAAUAAAUAUUCAAGAAUAUCCAAUAACAUUUUAUGGACGAAAUCAUGUUAAAUUAAAUGAUUAUGAACAAUUUUAUUUAGAUCUUGAAAAAUAUACACAAAAUUACGAAAAAUUUCAAAUAGGACAAAAUAAAGGAAGAAAAAUUAUUCAUAAUGAUAAAGAUGAUUCAGUAAAUGAAAUAGUAAUAAAAAUUCCUUAUGGUGAUUUUUAUGGUCAACAAAAUACAAUAAAAUUAAAUCGAACACGACGAAAACUUGGAAAACGUCGUCAUAUAUUAAAUAAAACAAUUUAUGGUAAUAAUUCAUAUCGUAUACAUCGUUGUACAUUUGGACAAAGAAAUUUUUUCUUAGCAAAUUUUUUAUCUUUAAUACAUUCAAUAUGUUAUUUAAUAUUAAUAAUUUAUUAUUUAACAACAAUUUAUCGAUAUAAAAUUCCAUAUAUAACUACAGAUUAUCGUCAAAAUUUACAUCAUGAAGUAUAUACACUUGGACGAAAAAAAUCUGUUGAUCGUUAUAAACAAAUAAUGUUAUUAAUACAUUUAAGACGUUUUCAAUAUGUUGUUAUUUAUUGUUAUACAACAAUUAUUUUAAUUCGUCUUAUUUAUGUAUGUUCAUUUACAUUUAUUUUAUGUUUAAUUCAAUCACCAUUUAAAUGGUUAACAAUGAAAAUAUUCUAUUAUAUAUUAUUUAUUAUUGUAUAUUAUUCAAUACCUUUACGUAUUAUUGUUUUAUUUAUUUAUUUAUUUUUAAGUUUAUUUUCAUCACAUAUUCAUUCAAUAGUUUAUUAUAUAUUUCAUACAAAAUUACAUUUUUCAUGUAAAUUACAAAAACCAACAGUACGUUUUCAUUUACAUAUUGUACAAUAUCCUCAAAGAAAUUUAGAACAUGAUAAACAUUCAAAAGAUUCAUUAGUUCAUGAUUUAACAUCAUCAAUUUAUGAUGAACAAACACCUAUAUCUAUAAAUGAAACAAUUGGUAUCUAUGAAGAAAAUAGUAGUAAUCAGCCUCCCAUAAGAACAAGUAUAUGA